GGCGGAAAACAAUAUCGACCUAGGUACGUUACUGCAUAUGGUAUAGAUAAUAUGUAUUUAUUAUCUAUUCAGCUCAAUCCAACUAAGUCAACUCCCGGCCCCUUGAACAUAUACACAUCCAAAUACAUAACACAUACACCCGCCUAUAUCUAACUAAUCUUUUACAUCUAGUAUACGGAGGCGGCACCGUAGGGUUGAUGGGAGAGGUGGCUAAGACUAUAGUGUCAAUAUCAGGCCCUGAUGCUGUUCACGGUAUCAUACCCGAGGCGCUGGUCAAAUGGGAACGCGACGCAACAUACACCGUAGCCAAGGACGAAAACGGCUACCAUGUCCCCGAGGAGCAAGUGUACGGCCGCACGACAGUUGUCAAAGACAUGCAUACGCGAAAACAACAGAUGGUGCGCGAAGUUAUCCAAGGUGGGCCUGGGAGCGGUUUCAUCGCACUCCCGGGUGGCUACGGCACGAUGGAAGAGCUGCUCGAGACAGCCACAUGGAACCAGCUAGGAAUCCAUGACAAAGGUGUUUGCCUGUUGAACAUCAACGGGUUCUACGACGGCUUGACGCAGUGGAUCAAGACAUCCGUCGAUGAAGGUUUCGUAAAAGAGGGCAACGCUAACAUCCUCGUCACAGCCCCAGAUGCCGAGAGUGCACUCAAGGCACUGCGGGAGUACAAGGUCUCAGACGCGCGGUAUGGUUUAGACUGGGGUAACGAAUGAAGGAGACAUCAAUCAUACAUGCAUAUAUGUAGUAGAGAUUAUCUACUUCUUCAAGGCAUCACUUACUGGUACCUGGUGUAUAGAUAAUCGGAAUACAAGAGCAGACAUGCAUUUUUCAAGAUAGCAGCAUUAUCAUCGUGCGCAAUCCGAAACAUGUAUUCAUAUGACGAUUCACUUGGAUUGCUAACUGUUAUAAACUCAACCAUCAUCUAGACGGACCAAAUUCGAACUGCAAUCCAUUGAGUGUUUGAACGGCAAAUAACAUGUAUCGAAAAUGAAUUCCAUGUUAUAUAUUUGUAUAUAUCUAGGAUGUACCACUAGUAGUAUUUACAACGGCAAACCCG